AUGUCAUUUAUAUUAUCUCGAUUUAAUUCAAGUAGUGCUCUAGUUGUUAAACGUCUAUUAACAAUUUUACUUUUAAAACGUAAUUAUCAUGCAAUAUUGAAAUUGUCAGCAAUUUCUUCAUUAUCUGCUAUUCCAUUAGCGGCCAUUUCACUUCGAUCAUUAUCGUUAUUUUCAACUGGAAAUAAAUUAUCAUCUAUGGAUAUGAAAAUUCGUCAAGAAAUUGUACAUGAUGUACUAGAAUUGUAUUCGAGUCAUGCAACAUCAACUUCAUUUCGUCAUUAUGCAGAAGAUGCGAAAUUUGAAGAUCCACUUCAAUAUUCAGCUAAUUUAUCUUCUGUGAAGAGUGCAUUUUAUUCAUUAGAAAAAAUAUUUAAACGUAGUCAAGUGUUAGAAUAUCAAACAGAUUUUGAUUCUGAACCAAAUUGUAUAAAAAUUCAUUUAAAGACAAAAUAUGAAUGGAAAUUAGUAUCGAAAGAGACGAUUAUUGAAUCAACCAUAUUAUUAUAUCUAAACGAUAAACAACAAAUAGUUCGACACGAAGAACGAUGGAACGGAAAAGAGAUAUCAAAUGCUGAAACAUCGUUUAUGGGAAGAAUUAAAGAGGUAUGA